AGUUUACGUUUGACGGCUUGAUCGCAAUAACUUGUUAUUCGCUUUGAAAGUUAAUUAUAUUUCGUUUCUUAAUAUUACUUUAUAAUGAAAACUGUGUGAAAUUGAUAGCCAUGUUAAACCAAACAUCUACGGAAGCAUUGCUUUCAGCGACUUACGUUGAAAAUUACUUGGAUUGCGUUGAAAAUCUUCCUAAUGACUUGCAACGACAUUUAUCGCGUAUGCGAGAAUUAGAUGUGACUUACAGGGAAUGCCUUAGAGAUGCUGAAUCCUAUCUCUCAAUAUGUAUCGGACCAAAUACCGAUGAAAGACGCCGAGGAAGAGCAGCCAGACGCCUUCAGGCAGCUCUGGUAGCAGCACAGGAAAUUGGAGAUGAAAAGCUUCAGGUUGUGCAAUUACUUCAAGACUUAAUUGACAAUAAACAAAGGUCCCUUGAUGCUGAUCACAAGAAACUAAUUUCCUGUCUAGAAGUUAACACAAAUGGUACAAGUAAAGAAGAACCUACCCCAGCUUCGGAGUCUCGAUCAAACGAGAAAGACUCAAACACACAACAGGUGCAACAACGACAUUCAACACCUCCAGCACCACCAGAACGAACUAGUGAGAAAGAGAAAGAAAAGUCAGACAAAGAUAAAUCAGGAGGCGAACGUUGGUCAAAACGUGCGAGACGUGUUCGAACUACAGCUGGUGUUGCGACUGACGGUGCAGACUCAAGUGAACGUGAUAGCGAACGCCACACCCACAACACAACACACAAGAAAGGUAUAGGCAAGAAGAAAAAGCGUAAAUCUCGGCAAGUGGCUCAACGAUCAGAAACACCACCAGAAGAAACAGAUGCUAUUGAUCCCGAUGAACCAAGAUAUUGUCUGUGCGAUCAGAUCUCAUUCGGUGAGAUGAUUUUAUGUGACAACGAUCUCUGUCCAAUAGAAUGGUUCCACUUUUCAUGUGUAUCACUCACAACAAAACCGAAGGGUAAAUGGUUUUGUCCCAAAUGCCGUGGUGACAGACCCAAUAUAAUGAAACCCAAGGGACAAUUCCUUAAGGAAUUAGAGCGGUAUAACAGAGAAAAAGAGGAAAAAGCAUAGUGAUUACUAGACAAGUGAGAUGACAAAGAAUUAAGUGUUCUGUUGAUAUAAUUUAAAAAAAUAUUCUUUAGUGACAAAAUUCAUAUUCGUAUUUAGUUUUUUAUAUCUAGCAAAUGAUUUAGUUGAUUCUAGAAUUAUUUUGAAUGGAUUUCGGUUUCCAAAAUUAAAAUAAUUAAAUUUGAACAGUGUUAUUUGUUUACUAAAAAAAAUCAACGACCGUUUUAUUUCUAUGGUAACAUUGUCAUCUCGUCUAAGGUGCCUGGAAACAGACUGUUGUCUAACUGACAUAGUAUUUAUUAUGUGAUGGAUUUUUAAAAUAUACUACAGAUUUUAUAAUUAAAUUAUCGCUUGGUGAAAGUGAUAGACACACGGAUGCGUCUUAUUUAAUAUUUACUGUCAAUUUUAAUUGUAAAUAUUAUUCAAAUGUAUUUUCUGUUUUCGUAAGUUGACAUAAUAUAACACAAGUACAGCAGCAUUUAUAAGUUCUGUACAGAAAAUACUAAGGCGGUUUGAAAUGACAGAUUUAAUUUCGUCAAUUUAAAUAUAAGAUUGUAAAUAAAA